AUGGCAGACGUUGCAGACAGUGAUUUGCCGCGGUAUGACAUUUUCGAAAAGAAUACCUUCCUGGAUUUUCCCGCUCCAAAGCCGUUGAUGCUGGAAAAGGCUCAAACAGAUCCUCCGCCUGGGCUGGAGGGACUCUGCGGGAUUUCCAGCAAGUUCGUAUCAGAAACGGACCGAUCCGAAGAUUCCACCGCAGCGGACGAGACGGAGGCUCCGCCGCCUCUGCCCUUGGAGGUCUUUGUAACUCCCGACUGCUUCGAGGAUCCGGAGUUGUCUAGGCCGCUUUCUGCGGCAGCACCGACUUUCAUCCCCAUCCCUGGGGCCGGGGCCCUUGGGGCGCUUCCGAUGCAUGGCCUCGCGAACCUGCCGGGGAUCCCCGAUGCCUUUGUUGGCCCCCCCUCGAUCCCGGAGCUCUACCGGCCAAAGACACAGAUCCUCUUGGAAGAGAUGCUAGCGCCCUCUGUGGUGCCUGUCACAGAACUCGCUACUUCAAGGUUCCCCCCGCCGCCACCAGCCAUGCCGGCGCCGGUCUUGGCAGAGCCUCCUUCCCCGGAGGUUCCUGCGGAAGCUCCGGUCGAGGGGCCCCUGCCGCCGCGCUGCGAUCUUCAAGUUGGGCAGCUUGUCUGUGAGGAGCCUGCUCCGGGCAUCUGGGAUGUUCACUGGAGCGCGGACAGCCGGCAGUGA